ACCACUGCCCAGGGGCAUCUCCUGAGGCACACCAGUGGUUCAAGGGAACCAGGCUUGAAAAUACGGCAAAAAGAGCGGAGCCCACAGGGCCACAUGCUGAAUGAACACAGCACCUGCUUCUCAGAACCUCUAUUUUCCUUCCUACCUGGGACAUGGGGCCAAGACCACCUACCCACCUACCUGGGGAGAUGACUGUGGAAGUGAGCGGGCCUGUCUGUUUGUCCUGCACUGGGAGCAAGUCGGGAGGAUCAGUCACAGAAGAGAAGCUGUUGGGGGAGGGAAGAUUCACUCAGAAGGGUUGUGCGGGUGGCUCGGGCCAGUCCUCAGAGCAGUAAGGCCUGAGUCUGUGAGAGGCCCUGGGUGCUGCCCAGGCCAGGCCUACACCCCAGACUGAGAAGCAAAGGGGUCUUUAAUGUGACCACGACAUUACAGUCUAAAUGCAAAUGGCCAGGUACACAUCCAUCCAAUUCUCGGGAGUCAUUGGGUGCUGAGGCAGGAAGGACAGGGAGGAGCCAGAUUUAGGUAGGGCACCUAAACACAUAGAUGGCCAGGCCGAGAGAAGGGGUAUGCGUAUGUGUGUAUGUUCUGUAGCUCAGGACCUGGCCAAUACAUCAGCUGAGGCCACGCCCUCACUCCCAGCCCAGUCUGAGUCUUCUGUUCAAGGUCCUGAUGAUUAGCAUGGAAUCUGAGGCCUCAGCCUUUCUGCCAGAUUGUACCUGGAUAUGGGAGCUGGUCAGGUCAGAUGGCCACGUCAGAUGGCCACGUCAGACAAUGCCCUUCAUGCCCUUUCUGCCUCCAUGGGCCGCCACCCAUUCUUUCUGGGGAGGGACUUUCCUCUUACUCUUCCUCCAAGCCCAGCCUGGUCAGGGACACAGACGUGUAUCAGACCUGUCCCUGCUCCAAAAGCAGAGAUGCCAGGUGGGGCAAUGAGGGCUAUAGAGUCCUGGGGAGCCCAGGCCAAGCUCAGAAACUCAGGGAAGGCUUCCUGGAGGGAGAAUGGACAAGCUGAGGCCAAAGGACAGGACAAGGUUAGUAGUAGGUGAAUGGACAAAACCAGGGGUUGUGUGGGGGCCACUAAGCAGCUGGAUUAUUAUGAGCAGAACUCUUAAUCCAUUGGGGCUUGAGACUCUUCAUCUAUAAAUUGGGUGGUUUAAAUAAUGUAUGGCAAGCACUUAGCAUAACACCUAGUAGGUUCUUGAUCUGCCAUGGGUAUUGUUGUUAUUUUUGUAUCAGGCAAGGUUGGCAUCCUAGGCAGAGGGAAGGACACAUGUAAAGGCCCAGAGGUCUUUGAACCAGGGGUACUCUUCAGACUCCUGGAAAAAACUUGUGAGGGUCCAGGCCGAGCCGUGGGUGGGAAGGUGAGAACUUACCUGAACUUCGGGGCCGCUCCUACUGCACACCCUCAGCUGAGAGAGUCCUGGUGCUACCAACACACCCAUUGUGUAGAAGCUGGAAGAGGUGAAGUAACCAGCCACGCUUACUCAGCCAAAAAGUGGUAGAGCCUAGAGGGAAACCCAGGUCUCUGAGGGUUCCCACCUGCCACGUGGCAUCCAGAGUGAGUCCAGGGAGCACGGAGAAUACGUGUGCAGCUUCCACCAUGGCAGCCCUGCCCAGCCUCAGCCAAAUCCCUGCCUUGCAGUCCUCAGCCCUCUAGGUGCCAAAAAGAGACUUGGAUUAAAACUAGUGAGUUGCAGACAAGAGCUUUGCUCUGGACUGGGCACUUGGUGCUCUCAGCUCAUUGAAACCUCACACUCAGAGGAAAUAGGUGCCCAGAGAGGUCAGGGAACUCUGGGAGGUCACACAGCCCAGAAGGGGAUUGCAUCGUUGGCCAAUUUUACAGAUAAGGACAUGGAAGUGGCACAAGAAGCUGAAGAACUGUUUGACCCCUGAGGUCCUCCCGCUCUAACCAGGUGAUCACACUAGCUUUGGAGAGCCGUGAAAAGUUCUCUGGCCUUGCUGUUCCCAAGGAGGUGGUGUAGGGACCCACAGCAGCUUCUGGCUUUACCUUUUGUAGAAGCAGGUAGCCCUGGGCACUCCUGGACUAGACCAAAGGGCAGGCUGGACCCCUAUGGCAGCCUCAUUGUCUUGCUUCCCACCCUUCCUGUAGAACUGGGUUCUACUUGACCCUCCCUCCUUCUGUAGAUGCAGAAUGUGCCCCCCACCCCCACCGCCGAAGCAAGGCUGGAAGAGGGUCUUCACACCUGCAACCCUGAGAUGGGAGGAUAGAGUCAGAGUGCUCGUGGACUCUGGGAACAGAAUUUUGCAGGUCAGGACUUUGGGCCCAGCUAGCACCAUGCCCAGACUAUGAGCUCGAAAGUUCCCAUCUGUAGGCACAGGAGCUUUAAAUAUGUAAUGUAUGCAAGUGCUUAGCACUACAGGGAGCCUUGGAAGGGUAGGCACAUUUGGAAUGCAGGCACCUGACACACCCUACCCCAUGGGGAGGGCACACGCCCACCCCCAAUUUGGACAUACUCUGUUGCAGUUUUCAGAUAACUAAACCCAUGGUAGGGUCAGGCAGGGUCUGCUUGCUCCCCAUCCAUGAUUUUAACCCAUACACGGAGCCGCUUUCUCCAGGCCCAGAGGAGCAGCCUGACUUUCCACCAACUCUUUGGCCUGAAAGGAGCCUGGGAGAGCGCCCGGGUCAGUCACAAAGGACAUGGCAUACCAGGGAGAGGCCUGGAGCCAGAGAGACCCCUGGGAAAUCCUGGGAAGAACAUGGGCUGGUUUGAGCAGGGGUGUUGAAAGCCCAUCCCCGGUCUAGGCACCUGUAACAGGGGGUGAGGGAACACACCCAGAGGCGGAAGGGGCGCGCGGAGACCCCUUAGGGGUGCCGGAAGGGGCGCGCGGGACGGUUGGCCGGCUGGGGCGGCAGCCGUUGGCGAACAGAGGCCUGGGCCAGGCGACGUCCCUGGUCGGGCAGCAGCCACCAUGACCAAGGACUCGCCCAACUCUUCGGGUGGCGGCCGCGCGACACCCAAGAAGCUGGGCCCAACCCCAACGACGGCGGUGCUGGAGGAGCAAAGGCGGGAGCUGGAGAAGCUGCGGGUCGAGCUGGAGGCUGAGCGAGCGCGCGGGCGGACGGAGCGGCGGCGCGCCGCGGCCCAGGCGCGCCAGCUGCGGGAGGCAGCAGAGAGGGAGCGGCAGCAACUGGUUGACCAUCUGCGCUCCAAGUGGGAGGCACAGAGCUGUCGUGAGCUGCGGCAGCUGCAGGAGGAGAUGCUGAGGGAGCGCGAGGCCGAGAUCCGGCAGCUGCUGCGUUGGAAGGAAGCCGAGAUGCGGCAGCUGCAGCAGCUGCUGCACCGCGAUCGCGACAGCGUUGUUCGCCAGGCGCGGGAGCUGCAGCGCCAGCUGGCCGCAGAGCUAGUGAACCGCGGCUACUGCAGCCGCGCAGGGGUGCCAGAAGUCGCCGCCGCGCAGUGUCGCUGCCGCCUGCAAGAAGUGCUGGCGCAACUUCGGUGGGAGACCGACGGCGAGCAGGCCUCGCGCAUCCACUACCUGCAGGCGGCGCUAGACCUGGAGCGCCAGCUCUUUCUCAAGUACAUCCUGAAGCACUUCCGCUGGCACCGGGUUUUGUCCAGUACCCCCGAUACACAAGCUGUGCAUUCUUCGAAAGAGUCGCACCCCGACACGUCCGGUGACUCUCGCCAUCCCCCAAAGUUCGCCUGUCGACUCGAAUCCCUUGACAGCCUGAGCGCCCGCGUUCCCGUGCGCUCCCGUUCUCUCGACCUGAUGCCCGCAGCCUGCACCCACUCCCCUGACAACCUGCUCCGCAGGCGCUCAAGCUCCCUCGAUUCCUUGGCACCAGCGAGUCCCCGCUUGCUCGACAGCACCAGGAGUCGUCCCAAGGUCCUCGAAUCCGAGGAGCAGGGCUCCUUCUCACCAGACACUUUCAUCCUGGGCUCCCCGAGUCCCCCAGCACACCUGCUGCCACCACCACCACCAUCGGGGCCCAGACGACCUAGCGACCGGCAAGGAGAAGACUCCGGGAACCAGCCUUGCGAGGCCAUGACUCUGUCACCGCUGUGCCUGGACUACCACGAGCUUGUGAAGCAGAACUCAGAACUGUCUGAGACGUUGCAGGUGCUGGCGCGCCGCUGCUCUAGCCUGCAGGAAGAGAACAUGCAAUUGCGGCGCGCAGGCCUUCCAGACAAGGCGGAGGAGAAGGUGAAACGACUCAAGGUGAAGCACGCGGAGCUAACAGGCCUGGCUCGGCGUCUAGAGGACCGGGCCCGCAAGCUGCAAGAAACCAACCUGCGGGCUGUGAGCGCGCCUGUGCCUGGGGAGAGCCGCGUUGGCCUGGAGCUGUGCCAGGCCUUUGCCCUCCAGCGCGCCCGAGACCAGUCGGAGCAGGCGAGCGCGCUGUUGGCCAAGGACAAGCAGAUCGAAGAGCUGCAGCAGGAGUGUCACUUGCUGCAGACGCAGGUCGCCUCAGGCCUCGGCAGCACCCAUCACCCUAGUGGGGGCGCGGCUAGCGACCAGUGGCUCAAAGUCAGCGACUUGGACCGGCUACAGCGCGAGUCCCAGCGGGAGGUGUUGCGCCUGCAGAAGCAGCUGACGCAGCAGCAGGCCACCGGCUGCGCACGGAAGGAGUCGGGCUGCCAGAGCGUACCCUGCGAAGAGGCGCCGUGCCAGGUGCAGACUCUGGAGCGGGAGCUCGGCGCGCGGCGGCGCGAGUGCGAGGAGCUGAGAGCAGAGGCGGCGGCGGCACGGCGGCACGGCGAGGAGGCAGAGGCACAGCUGCAGAUCGCGCUACGUGAAGGCGCCUGGCUGGCCAAGGAGAACGCGCGGCUGCAGGCCCAAGCCGACUGGCUGAGAAAAGUGGCAGCAAAGAAUGAUGACGUGCGCGGGCAGCUGGGCCGCGCGUGCCAGGAGCGCGACACCGCCGGCUUGCAGGCGGAACAGCUGCUGCAGCAAGCGGCGCACGGGCAGGACAGGCAGCAGCAGCUGCAACAUGACCUGCGGAAGGCCUCGUGUGAUCCCCAUGCUGCCCAGGAGGAGAUGGGAGUGCUGCAGUGUCAGUCUUGUCACCAUCCCCAGGAGCCCCGGGAGGCCCCCCCAGCCCCAGAUUCCCAAGACAGGAAUAGCAUAAGAACCAAGUUCCAGCCAGGGCCUGAAGACCAAGUGUCUCCACAGCCCAGCAGAGACAAACAGGAGGAGAAGGAAGCCUCUCUGCGAGAGAGCCCAGUUGCCCUGGGAGAUCCAUCCAGUGUCCCCCAAGUGCCAGACAGAGUCCCAGCCAGCCAACCCCUGGACUCCAUACCCCAGUCCAAGAAAACCAGCUCCCAGUCAAACUCCUCCUCUGAGGUGGAAUCCAUGUGGGCCACUGUACCAUCUUGCCUUUCUCUGGAUGUGGACACAGCCAGUGAGGUAGAGGAUCUGGAUUCUGACAGUGUAUCCUUGACCCUGGAAGCAGAGGACUUAGAGACCCCUGACACCUCCAAGCUCAAGAUCUUCCUGGUUCGAUAUAGCUACAACCCAUUUGAGGGACCCAAUGAGAACCCUGAGAAUGAACUGCCCCUCACGGCUGGGGAUUAUGUGUAUAUCUUUGGGGAUAUGGAUGAGGAUGGCUUCUAUGAAGGGGAGCUUGAGGAUGGCCGGCGGGGCCUGGUACCCUCCAACCUGGUGGAGCGGAUUCUAGACAGCGAUAUCCUUGGCUGCCUGACCCCAGAGUCCCCUGACCUUGGCCCCACUCAACUCCCAGCUGGACAGGGCAAAGCUUCAAAGGAAGACACUGGUCACAGCUUAUUGCCUGAUAAAGCUCAGCAAACUGUGGACACAGAGACAUGCCAGAUGGUGAGGUCAGGCUCCGAGACAGAAGUGGCUAUAGAGAUCUCAGAUGCCAAGAUAGAAGAGGGCUGGCUGGGCUCACUGCAGAGUGCGGAGGAGCAAGACUUCUCCAAACCCCUUCUAGGGGCCAGAGGGGUCCUUUGUAUAGCUCCCAAGCAACUACACCUUCAGAACAUUGCAGCCACAUCAGCCGAGAUCACCUGGGUUGACAGCGGCAGCAGCCACUCACACGUGGUAUACCUCAAUGACCAUAAGCAUGCCCUGACCCCAGCGGGCGUGAGUGGCUACACCUUCCACAGUCUGCGUCCCGGCACACGGUACCAGGUGCAGGUGGAGGUGCAACUGCCAUGGGACUCACUGCAGGUGCACUGGGAAACCAUGUCUUCUACUAUCACCUUCGACACACCCUUGGCAGGACCCCCUGACCCUCCACUGGAUGUGCUGGUAGAGCAUCACACCUCACCAGGCUUCCUGGUGGUCAGCUGGCUCCCAGUGACUAUCCACUCAGCAGGGUCCUCCAAUGGGGUGCAGGUUACUGGCUAUGCUGUGUACGCUGACGGGCUCAAGGUUGCAGAGAUCGCUGAUGCCACCGCUGGGAGCACCAUGUUGGAAUGGUCCCAGCUCCAGCUGCCCCUGAUGUGCCAGAAGGUUUCAGUGAGAACCAUUUCGCUUUGUGGCGAGUCACUGGAUUCAGUGCCGGCUCAGAUCCCUGAGGACUGUUUUAGCUGUAACAGAUUGCCAGGGACCUCUCCCUUUAGCUACACCUGUGGUGACCUGUCCCCCUUUAGAGUCACCUUCCCCAUCUGCCCUCAGAGGCUAGCGCUAGCUCCACUGAGUGCCAAGGCCAGUUCCCACAUCUCCAGGAGCUGUGGGGAGCCCCUGGCAGAGUUCCUAGAAGCAUUUCCUGAAGGACCCCCAAGGAGGUGCUCCCCAGUGCCCAACCUGAGUUCAGAAGGAGAACGUCAGAGCGCAGGGGCUGGCAACCAAACCCAAGGGCCUGCAGAGGCCUGGAAGGUCUGCAGAAAAGACAUGAUCAUUCCGAAGAGUCCCCAGAACCACAAGCCGCCCCUGCCCAGUGGCCAGUCUGAGGGAGAAGAAGACCGCUACCAGCCCAUGGUCAACAGCCAAAGCCCUGCCCUGGGAGUUGUCCAUCUGUCUCCUGAGCGUGGGCCCAGCAAAGAAGCAUGCCAGGAUAAGCCUGCCCUUGAGAAGGUCCUUGGGCAAAAGCAAGAUGCCCAAGUGUUCGAUGGCACCAGCCAUCGAUAUGGGUCUGACUCCCAUGAUAUUUUGCAGCAGGAAGAGGCAGUGUGCUUUGGUCCAUGGGCUACAGGGAGACAAGGGCAGAGGAGGGAGCUUAAGACCCAGAGUAGACAAGGUCAGGCUCUGGGGGGCAAGAGAGAGAAUCAGCUCCAGGAGCCCAGCUCUGCGCUCGGUCUAGCUCCAUCCAGCAAAGUCAUUAAGAUGUCCAGUGGAGGCCCCCCACUGCCGGGGGAGAGCGAGGACACUCCAGUGAGGAUCUUUGUGGCACUCUUUGACUAUGACCCCCUGGUGAUGUCUGCCAACCCUAAGGCUGCAGAGGAGGAGCUGGCCUUCCGGGAAGGGCAGUUGCUGAGAGUGUGGGGCUCUCAGGACGCCCACGGCUUCUACUGUGGGGAAUGCAAUGGUCGAGUGGGCAGCAUCCCUGGGCACCUGGUGGUUGAUGUGGAAGUGGUCAUGGAGAGGACUGAUGGGAGGUGGCAUUUGCCAGUGCAAAGACACCUGUCCUCUGUGGCCCACCUCAAUGACUUUGGGGGACUCACCAGCCCCCAGGACUCCUUUCUCCUGCCCCAAGGGAACCCCAGGAGACCCUCACUAUGGACCUCAAUGACCAUGAUGGCAGCUGUGGACUAUGACCCCAAAGAUGGGCAGGUGGGGGGAAGGAUAAAGGACAAACUGUCACUGAAGGCUGGGGACCUGGUCACAGUCUAUGGGCCAAUGGAUGACAAGGGAUUCUAUUAUGGGGAGUCAGGCGGCCACAGAGGCUUUGUCCCAGGCCACCUGCUGGAUCCUGUGUCCCUCCAUGGAGAGUGAGCAAGGCUACCCAAUGGGGUAGUGACCUCUGGCCACCCACUCUCCGCCAGAGAAGCAAGCACACAGACCCUUCCACCACCACCCCUCCUGGCCCCCAUGAGCACCAAUGGCAGUCCUUCAGCAUCCCCUAGCCUCUGAGAGCAGCAGAGCUGAUGUUUGAACUCAGCUGUUUCCGAAAGAAAACAGGACGAACAUCCCCUAGAGGCUGGUUCAGAGUUGUCAUUAACUACGGCAGGUACUUGGAGAAGUGCCUCUGCGUGCUCAUUAUGCUUUCCUUUAGGAGGUUAACAUUAUUCGUCCAUUGCUAUGUAUGAAAGUCUCAAGAAAAGCCUGCCUCUUAAAAAAAAA